AUGUCACAAAGACCUGUCGAGACUUCGGCCGAGGAGGAUGCUGUAGAAAGUCAAGGGUGGGAAGCUUUCAAAAAGACAACCCCGAAUCUGCAGCCUCAUGAUGACUGGAGGCAACGCAAGAUCCCAUCUGAGCUUCAGCGGCUCCCCGAGGAGUCAAAUCUGGACGAAAAGCUCAGGCAAAUUCUGGCUUGGUCACUUAGACUGAAUCCCCCUUCGCCAGCAAUACAAGCCCAAAAUGGCGUAAGAGAAUCGAAGAGUGAACAAAGACUGCACGAUAGCGGGACCAAUCACGACGAACGACCUCAACAGCCGGAGGACGACACUUCACGACGACCUGUUCUCUCUGAAUACCCUGGAAAUGGCGCUGCCCCAGACUCUCGGGCCAUACGCUCAGAACGACCCUCCAAGAGCUUACCAAGCGUGGAACCGGGCUCUAUCGGCCACGGACUUCUGGGAUCUAGCCUCAGCAUCCUAUCAGCCUUGAAGAUGAAUCCAGAGCAAGAGCUACCUUCAGGCCUCAAGAUCAAAAAGACUCCGCAAAAGCAGAUUCCACUGACAGAAUGUAUAAGCUGCCUCGAAGAAUUUCCGAAGGACAAAACUGCAACACUACCCUGCACUCACUCAUACUGCAAGACAUGUUUGGCGACUUUGGUCACCACUGCUCUCCAAAACGAGGCGAACUAUCCUCCCAAAUGCUGCCUUACGGAAAUACCCCUGCAGACGGUUUUCCUCGCAUUGAACUCCAAGCAGAGAGAAACGUACAAAGAGAAAGCUGCGGAGUACGCAAUUCCUGCUCAAGAGCGAUGGUAUUGUCCCAACACAAAGUGCUUGAGAUGGAUUCCUCCGGGGAAGAUCACUAGAAUUCGCUCCAAUCAAAGAUGUCCCCAUUGUUCGACCAAGAUAUGCGCAAUUUGCCGCGGAUUAGCACAUCAACAGCAUACGGACUGCCCUCAAGAUUUUGGCCUAGAGGCUACGAUUACUCUGGCUGAAUUGUCAGGUUGGCGUCGCUGCUUUUCAUGUCGGACCAUGGUCGAACGAAAUGAAGGGUGUCGUCACAUGACUUGUAAAUGUGGUGCUCAGUUUUGCUACGUUUGUGGAGCCAAAUGGCGAACCUGUCGUUGCACAGAGAUAGACGAAACUAAUCGUCAAGCGGAACUGAGACAUCGAAGAAAUGAAAGAGAGAGGCAACAAUUUGCUGAAGCUGCAGAGAUUGCACGAAUCAUGGCCGAAAUCGAGGCAAUGGAAAGACGAGAGGCAGAGGGACGUCAACAAGAAGAGGAGAGACGAGAAGCAGAGAGGUUAAAAGAAGAGACAGAGCUUGCGAGACUGGAAGAGGAGCGAUUGCAAGAAGAAACUGCCCGAAGAGAGGAAGCAGACCGACUCGAGCGCGAAUUUCGACAAACUAUGCGUGUUUCGGUCGAGGAUAGCUGUCGCGUACUACAAUCGGCCUUGACUGAGAUGUUGCAAACGCAAAAGAAGGGCUUGGACAGCCGGCAUAUGCAUGCCGAACAUCAAUGUUUCAAGCGACAGGAGGAAGAAAUGUCAGCGCAGCAGAAGGAGAGUGAAGACCUCUUGAGCUCCAUGGAAUCCAAUAUCGACAAGAGGAAGAAUUCGAUCGAAAAAAAACAUAAAGCGGAGAUGGAUGCAUUCAUUGCUGAGCAACAGGAACUUGAAGAUGACAUUUUUCUUGAAAUUCAAUUACACCUUCGUGGAAGGAAGGACAAAGACACCAGAGAACGCCGCCUUCAGGAAAGAUUCAGAAGACAACGCGAUGAAAAGCUAGAAGAGCUGGUCACAAGACACAAGUCUGAGCUGGAGGCUUUGAGCGCAAGCACCUCAAUGGAGCUCGAAGGAAUCAAGCGAGCCAAAGACAGCAAAAUGGCCGCAAUCCAAGAGCAAUACCAACAGGGAUUUGAGGCUCUUUUGGCAGAGGUAGCUGCAGAUCGCAUGUGGUUCCAGUUCCUCUCCGAGAGACGACAGAAUUUGGUAUCCGAGCACGCUCGACUAAUGCUCGAAGACUUGGAGGCUGGAGAAGAUCCAGAAGGGCUCACCGAGGAGAGAGCCGCCACCAUCGGUCCUUUCAUCACGAGCGGAUUCCCAGAAGCAAAUGCCCCGAUGCUUGAUCCUCUGACGACAGACGGCAUCCAAAACACAAAGCCGGAUCAGCCCCAGGAUACAUUGGCAUCUUCCCCAGCUUUGACCGACUCGACGAGUUUCACAUCGCCAUCUCGGCCUUUGGCGGAGCUUGCGGCAACGUCUGAACAUUCGCUUUCCAGUAUAGACUCGAACCCUACUUUCGCUGUAUCGAAUGCCACGGAGACAAGAGAUAUGACACCGAACCAGUUCAUGAUGAACAGCGCGUGGGGGUGGAUGACGGGAACUGGUGAGGGAAGCCCUCACCUUACCGAUGCACCGAAUAGCCGAAGAACCGCAGAUCCGUUGUCACCACCCAGGGGAACUCGUGAGGCCCGUCGCAACACUCGGCCGACGAUGCAACAUGCGACAUACGGCCCGGAAAUGGCCAUGAUGUCCGGUGCCCUGCUCCCAUCACGAUACACUCCUCCACCUCUUAUUCCGGCUCCAUUGCGCGUAGGCCGUCGUCUCAAUGUACCAGAUUCUGAAGGCCUGCAAGUGCUAGAACCCGAAGCACCACCAGCGUCCAAAGCCCCAGCAAUAUCCUUGGCACCUUCAGGCGCGAUCCAAGAGCCGGGCGCAUUCCCGGCCUCACCGGCAACCGACGCCUCUGCCAACAAUAACCCGCGCGAUGAUACGUAUCCGGAGGCCUUAUCGUUACCAUUACCCAGUCAAACGCGCAAAGGGCACUCAUCAGCCGACGGCUCUAGGUCAACUUCGGCCUCAGCCUCGCGCUCAGGCUCAGGUGCCAGCUCCAGUUCAAAGUACUCGACCUCACUCAGCCGCGUGGACAGCCUGAUCAUUCCACCACCAUUACCAAACCCAAAAGUUUCCAAGCGCGGCGCCCAACACUUCCUCUCGGUCUUCGUCGAUACCACUCCGACGUCGCCAAUCGCAGCAAAGCCCAAAAAACAGCAACAGCAGCAGCGCCGUACUCCGAAGGCGACUUGGUCGCUCAAAGAUCUCAAGUCCAAAGUCGCCAAUGAGAAGGACAAGGACAAUGACGCAACAAAUCAGUAG